AUGGCAAUACCAGUGGAAGAAUGGUACUACGAAGUACCCUUUAUUACGAGGACAUAUGUUACAGCAGCAGUUCUAACGAGCUUAGCGGUGCAAGUUGGCCUAGUGAAUCCAUUUCAACUUUAUUUCAAUUUUGACAAAAUUUUUUAUGAUCGUCAGCUUCUGUCACCACUUUCAAAUAUGUUGUUCUUGGGAUCACCAUUGGCAUUUACAUUAGUAUAUAUAUGGUCGCGAAGAAAUCCUUUUAUAAGGUUAAACUUUGUAGGUCUAUUUGUUUUCAGUGCACCAUUUCUUCCUUGGGUUUUACUAGGAUUUUCUCUACUAUUGAAUAAUGUUUUCCCUGUUGGUGAUGUCAUGGGAAUUGUUGUGGGUCAUGUAUAUUAUUUCUUUGAGGAUGUAUGGCCAAACGAAAGGGGACGACGAUGGUUAAAAACGCCGCAAUUAAUUGUACGUAUGUUUGAAGGUGUUCAAGUUGAUCAGUUGGAAAAUGAAGCAGCCGCCAAUCCUCCAACGAAUAACACUUAA